AUGUCACCACGCCUGGGGGUACUCAACAACAUCCCCUUCGCCAUCCCCUUCGAAGCACGUGUCGCGAUCUUUCGGAAUUUCGUCAUGAGCGAUAUGAUGUCGCGAGAAGGCCAGCACGCGAUGUUUUUUAGGGGCUUGAGGGGUAAUGGACGGGAGAGGGUGCAAGUGCGUAGGGGGAUGGUUGCUCAGGACGGCUUUGAUAGACUGGGGGAGGUGGAUUUGAAGGCGCCGAUUGAGAUUACGUUUAUUGAUCAGUUUGGGCAGGAGGAGGCUGGUAUUGAUGGCGGAGGCGUCUUCAAGGAAUUUUUCACCUCCUUGUGCAAGGAAGUAUUCGAUACCGAUCGUGGCCUCUGGUUGGAAAAUAAGAAGAAUGAACUAUAUCCGAACCCACAUGCGUAUGCUACAGAAGCCCACAGCCUCAACUGGUACCGGUUUAUUGGUCGUAUUCUUGGAAAAGCGAUGUAUGAAGGCAUUCUUGUGGACGUAGCAUUCGCAGGUUUCUUCUUGGCAAAGUGGUUGGGGAAACAGAGCUUUUUAGACGACCUCGUCUCUUUGGACCCAGAUUUAUACAAUGGUCUGAUUUUCCUCAAACACUACACAGGAAACACAGAUGACCUGUCGUUGAAUUUUACUAUUGCCGUCGACGAAAUCGGCGUGACGAAGAUCAUCGACCUCAUUCCAAACGGAAGCAACAUUGCGGUCACUAAGGAAAACCGGCUGAAAUAUAUUUACCUGGUAUCCCAUUACCGACUCACGAAGCAAAUCAGACGACAGAGCGAUGCCUUCUUUGAGGGCUUGAGCGAAAUGAUUGAUCCUAAAUGGCUCAGAAUGUUCAAUCAGCAAGAAGUUCAAAUACUCAUCGGUGGCGUCAAUUCCUUGAUCGAUCUCGAUGAUCUACGACGGCACACAAAUUAUGGUGGGCUAUACGACGACAAGCACGAGAACAUUGUCGAUUUUUGGAAUGUUGUCAAUACAUUUGACCAAGAUCAACGUCGCGCAUUGCUAAGAUUCGUUACCAGCUGCAGUCGGCCCCCACUUCUCGGAUUCAAAGAACUCGUUCCUAAUUUUAGCAUUCGGGAUGCUGGCGCCGACCCACAGCGUUUGCCCACUGCCAGCACCUGUAUCAAUCUCCUGAAGCUUCCGAGGUAUCCAAACGCGAGAAUAUUGAAGUCAAAGCUGCUUCAAGCUAUAAGCUCUGGCGCUGGGUUUGAUUUGUCGUGAAGAACGAAGACAUCUGAUAACUUGUAGACUUGAAGCAUAUUCAGAAUUGAGAAUUGAAGAAGUGAAAUUC